UCCUAACAAUGAUGGAUAAUGUCUCUGAAAUAACAAUGUUUUUUCUUUCAGGUUUGAAUGAAACGAAUACCCACAGAUUUACUCUCUUCUCUCUCACUUUACUGUGUUACUGUGUGAUUUUACUGGUAAAUGUUUCUCUUAUCGUGACCAUCAUCUUGGAUAAAAACCUGCAUGAACCAAUGUAUAUUCUAUUGUGCACUUUUUGCAUGAACGGACUUUAUGGAACAACAGGUUUCUACCCCAAGUUUCUCUGGGAUCUGCUUUCUCCUGUUCAUGUGAUCUCUUAUUCUGGAUGCCUUGUUCAGGCUCUAGUAAUAUACACAUUUGCCUGCAGUGAUCUGUCUAUUCUUUCAGUAAUGGCAUUUGACAGAUAUGUGGCUAUAUGUCGACCACUGGAGUACCACUCUGUCAUGUCAAAGCAAAGAGUCUUAAUGUUAGUUUGUUUCUCUUGGGUAACACCUUUUUGCAUUGUAGCCACAAAUACUUUUCUAGCAUCUAGAUUAAAGUUAUGCAGCCCAUAUAUUGCCAGGCUCUUUUGUGUGAAUUGGAUUAUUGUUAAACUUGCUUGUUUCCCAGCUGAAACAUUUGUUAAUGACAUUGUUGCAUACAUAACAUUAAUGAUAUAUGUCUUUCAUGGUGUAUUUAUUGUUUGGUCUUACAUGUAUCUCAUUAAAACAUGUGUGAAUUCUGCAGAAAACAGGGCAAAGUUCAUGCAAACAUGUGUGCCACAUUUAACCUCCUUACUGACUUUUGUUGUGACAAUACUUUUUGAUGUCGUAAAUAUGCGAUUUGGGUCAAAAGAUUUACCUCAAACCUUUAAAAAUGUAGUUGCAAUAGAAUUUCUUGUCAUACCUCCUAUUAUGAAUCCUCUCAUUUAUGGAUUCAAAUUGACCAAAAUUCGCAACAAAAUUCUGUAUUUGAUUACUUUUAAAACCAAAUAAUUUUUGUCUUGUCUAUAUUAAUUCCCUUUACGUGAGUAUAACAUCCUUUAUCCUCAAGAUUUAGUGUGUUAGAUUUAGUGUGUUGAAUUAUAUGCCUCCUUUUAUUUGGUAGUACUCUAAAUUGAGGUUGAAAUGAUGAUACUUAAAAUAUGUCCUUUUUUUAGCAAUUCUUUUGCAAUCACAUUUAGCCGAUAGUUUAGUGAGUUGUACGGUGAAUUAUAUUUUUUACAUUUGUGUGUCUGAGAUAAUUUAUGUAAAUAAAAUGUGAUUCACAAAAUGCACCUUGUGUGGUCACUUGACAGCUUGCCUUUUUGUGAUUAGGAAUAAAAUCAUUGAAAUGAAACUUGAAAUGUACUGUAUAUCAUCCUAUUAUUGUAGCAUAUGUCAUUGACCUGCUUCUGAUUAAAUUAUUUAACACUAAGAAAUAAAACAAAAACUGUGUGACUAAGGUUUCAAAGUAUUUGUGUGAACAUGUCCCCUUUAAAACAACAAAUGAGCACUAAACCUGUCAAACUAAGAUCCAGAUGAAUUGGUAAUGUGAAGUGACUUUAUUCAAAUCAAUUCUGUUUUAUUUAUACAGCUCCAAUUCAUAACAGAAGUUAUCUUGUUGCACUUUUCAUGUAGAGCAGGUCUAGUCCAUAUUCUCCCCACUGUUGAGCAACAUAUUUAACUGCGAAUCAUAGCCAAGGUGUGAAAAACUUCUAACUGCCAUGAUCGUGCUACUAACUUGCUGGUAGUCUUGUUCACUGAGGAAGUGGUUUCAGAGUAAGUUUUUGUUUCCACUGUAAAGGUCACAUUAUCAAACAAGAUAGUGUGUACAAUGUAAACAUUCACUAAUAUCCACCUGUGAUCAUCUUCUGAUCAUUCUCUCUCGAAUCAUGAACUGACCGUUUGCUGAACCCCCCCAAACAGCAACUAGCUUUGGAUUUCUACACUACCACUUGAUACCUAUUUUAAUUUUACAUUGUACAGGAUGGCCUGCUGCAACAAUCUGGUGUUUCGGAGGAAUUUAAAGAGAACUCAUAGGUACCGCUGGUAGUUUUUUAAAAUUACAGGGGGUACCUAUUUUAACAUGAGCCUGGUCAUCCUUGACAGGUGCACACAGGCCACAUACAAGUGUCCACUAUCAACAUUUGCUGGUGAAAUGAGUGGCAGCUGAGACUGUUGUCCUUGGAGCAGUUUUUAAGAGACCCAACAGAGGUGUUUUAUAAAGAGUUUGUCUAUGAUUUUGGCAUUCGUUCUGCUCAGAUGUGGACAGAAGCUGAAAUUAUUGAAGUUAGUGUACUGUUGAGGUGUGCUGAGUUGGGUAAAAUGUUUUAAUUUUGAUAUUGUAUAAUGAUGAUAACUCCAUACCAACGAUAAAUAGCACUCUGUGUAUCAGCAGUGACAAUCCAUGUAAACCUGGACACAGUUUUAGCAGCUAGUAAGGGGAGUAGGAAGUUGGGUGCAUACUGCAUUCGGAAAGUAUUCACAGCGCUUCACUUUUUCCACAGUUUGUUAUUUUACAGCCUUAUUCCAAAAUGGAUGAAAUUCAUUAUUUUCCUCAAAAUUAUACAAACAAUACCCCAUAAUCCAUCCAUCCAUCGUCAACCGCUUAUCCUGCG